AGACGAUCAGAAUUUCGAUGGUGAUCCCGAAAUAGGCCCUAAAUGGCAUUUGGUGCAUUGCACAAGAGUGUGGAAAAUACUAUGAAAAGUAUACUAUUUGCAGGGAAAGAGCAACGUUGCUUUUCAGCACUGGUCAUCGUUAAUUCAUCAAAACGAUAUCAAAAUUCAAAAAUUUCGGUUAAGGAAAAAUCUAAAUUAUACUUUAUAAAUGAUGUCCAUUUUGUGGAUGCGCCGGCUGUUGACAAGUUUGGAUGGAUUUGGCAACCAGUUGAUACGUCCAGCCUCUUCAUUUAACAAAGUGAUGAAGCCGCUGGACUGUUUCAAGCCAAAGCCUUCGCUUAAGAUAACCGUGGUUGGAUCGGGCCAGGUCGGAGCGGCAGUUGCAGCAUUUCUUUUGGCGCGUAACCUUACCAAGCAUCUGGUGAUCCUUGAUGUGAAAUACGACUUGGCCACGGCGGAAGCGUUGGAUUUCUCACAUGGGUCUGCCUUCUUGGGCAAUCCGAUUGUCGAAGCCUGUGGUGAUGGAAAUCGUACCAAGAAUUCGGAUGUUAUCAUUAUUACAGCGGGAGCGAGGCCAUCAGGCAAAACCCGAUCUCGUCUGGACGUUAUGCAUAAAACGGUUGUGAUUCUGAAGUCUGUAGUACCCAAGCUGGUCGAAUUGAGUCCCAAGGCGAUUUUCAUUAUCAUCUGCAAUCCAGCCGAUGUUAUGACCUUUGCUGUGCAGCGCAUCGGAAACCUGGAGAAGCAUCGUUGCUUCACUACCGGCUGCCACCUGGACACUGCCCGCUUUCGCUACCUAAUCGCGAAGCGUCUUAAGGUUCCCACAUCGGCAGUCAACGCCUAUAUAAUAGGAGAGCAUGGUAGUAGUGCUGUGCCCGUUUGGUCUAGUGUCACGGUAGGUGGGAUUCGACUGAGCGACGUCGUGAAGGAUUUGGGCACGGACAAGGACCAGGAGAAGUGGUCCGAUCUCAUGGAUGGCAUCCUCAAUGCAGGUGUGCACGUUAGUAAGGCCAAGGGCUAUACUAACUGGGCCGUGGGGCUGACUGCCUCAGAUGUUGUCAAAUGCAUGGUGGAGAAUACCGGUCAAGUCUGUUGCGUGGGGACAGAUGUGAAGGGACUCUACGGUCUAAAGGACAGUGUGGUACUCUCUGUACCUUGUCGAGUCACGGCCAGCGGAAUUAGCCACAUUUUGGAGCUGCCACUAAACGAAGAUGAGCGUAAAAAGUUGUUGAAAUCUGCUGAUACUCUGCUGGAGGCCCAGUGCUCGUUGAAAUGGUGAUUCUCGAUUCCGCCCUUUGCGAUCAUCAUCCCAUGAAGCAGAAAUAGAACAGAAAAGAAACUGUGAGAUAACAGAACGAGAAGUAAACAAAUAAACAGCUCUCCCAAGCAUUCCAAAGCGUGAGAGGAGAGAGGGAAAGAACUCACUUGCCAUUGCCCUUUCCAUUUUCCAGCGACGUCACAGCGAUAAGAAUGAGAGAGCAAGCGAGACGACCACAGAGUUACAGCUGUAAAAGUGCAGCAAUCACUUGACCAUACCAUACCGCACGCCCGCGGCUACUCGUUCACGUUUCUGAUGCCCUGUGCCCAGACAUCUGAUAUUUUUGUAAUUUCCAUCAAAAUUAUGAUUAAUUUCUCGUGCCAAA